AUGCCUUAUCUCAAUCAGUACAGCCCCAUUUACUCAUGCCCCGGGGUCGGGAGCAUAAGAGCAGCUAAACGCCUCGGAAACACACUCGCCAAAGUCGACGGUGUUUUUGCUGCCUUCACGCACCUGAAUAUAACGGAACCUGUUUCGAGAGCCAGGCGCUCAAGUAGCCGUCUGGACGACAUUGUACUUGGGCUGGACUCAUUGUGCAAUACGUCUCUGGCCAACAGUGCAUCACACCCACAGCCUGAUUUCACCGACCCCAGAAAUCAGGCUCGGGAUAAUGCGUGGGCCUCCAUCCGAACUGUUGGAGAGGGAGCGCAAGUUCUCUGGGGAAAUUUUGUCGAUGUUUCUCAUAAUGUCAAACUUCCCGCUAUCAACAACAUUCGCACCGAAUACCAUGACGCUCAAGGACUUCGUCAAGCAGGACAGAUCCAAAGAUUAGUCUCUGGUCCCGGCGAGGAUACGUGGAUCGAGUGUCUUGGAGACCUUGGUAAAUAUCGCAUGGCCAUUGAGGAUGAUGAUAUCAGAGACCGAGUUUCGAUCCAGGACCAGUACAAACCCCCGACCUCGACAUCAAUGCAAUCCAGGGUGUCGUACGCGACGCCGUCACCCAACGCUGGCGGCCCAAUCGCCGCCAGUUCUACCCACGACUCGCACAGCCGACCGCUAUCAAGCACCCCGAUUGAUGGUACUCUAGUAACACUGCAACAAACACCUGUGUUUACAGCUGCACUGGAGUAUAUGUGA